AUGUCGUUGCAACUCUCAGUUGUUACUGGCGGCGAUGAUCGGCUUGUCCAAGUUAAAGAUGACAAUGACGAUGAUGAUAAAGAAGACGAGGGCGAAGACGAAGAUGAUGACAUGCAUACUGAUGAUGAUGGUGAUGAUAAUGAUGAAGAUGAUGAUAAGGCUGGCAACGACGAUGAAAACGAAGAUAACGAUGACGACACUGACAAUGACGACGAUGACAAAGAUAACAGUGGUGACACUGACAAUGACGAUGAUGACGAAGGUGACGAUGAUGACGACGUUGUUAAUAGUAUUGAGGAUAUUGACGACAAUGACGAUGAUGAUAAUGACGAUGACGAUGACGACGAUGUCGAGAAUGUCCAAGGAAACAAGUGA